AUGGCUACCUCGAAGAAUGUUGUGUUUGACAUCGUCGGCACCCUCGUAUGCUACGAACAUCUUUACAAUGCCAUUGAUCGACGGCUAGGUGAUCGCUUGAGAGCAGAAGGCAUCAAGCCGUGGCUUCUGGGUCAAUUGUGGAUGGAGACAGCCGAACGCGAAUACACAAAUCUCAGUAUCUCAGGCCGCUAUCUGCCAUAUGGAGAAGUUUUCGAAUCUCUCUGGUAUCGCAUUCUUUGGAUGGGUGGUAUCCAGGAGCCCCGUUCAUUCUCGUCACCCGAGGAUCUUGCAUGGAUCAUGCAGGAAUACAAGGGCCUCACGUUGCGGCCCGGGGCAGCGCAGUGUGUUCAGAAGCUUCGCGACGCCGGUUUUACGGUUUGGGCAUUCACGGCCGCUGAUUUGAAGCGUGUGAAUGGAUAUUUUACACAGGCCGGUAUUGAAAUGCCGGCUGAGAAUUUGCUAUCUUGCGACUCUGCGGGUGUUGGAAAGCCCGAUCUGGCGGCCUAUAAGCCACUACUGGACAAACUGACAUCGGAGAAUGGAGGCAAGAAGCCUUGGUUUGCUGCCGCUCACAUGUGGGAUGUUUCUGCUGCUCGAACAGCUGGAUUCCAGGGAGCGUAUUGCACGGUACUGGAGAAGGAACCACUUCACAGUCUAUUUGGCGAUAUGGAUGUUGUUGACGAUACUCUGCCUGGAAUGGCUGACAAGAUCAUUGCUAGCCAGGCUUCAAGUUGA